CCCAAUGCGUUCGCGAGAGCAGCCCAAGAGAAAAGAUAAAGCCACUGUCGCCUUCCCGCAAGUAGUCCAACCAGGGGUUGCGUCAUUUAUACCGCAAGGGCUAUCGUUGGCAGCUGUCGCGAAACGGAGUUCAGGCAAGCUAUACCGGAAGACUCUGUGCCUCAAAGGGACAACCAGCAGUGCCCCGAUGGACGAGGACUCGUACCGUUACGUCGAAGGGAUGUGGCUGCACAAGUUGUUCAAGGAUGAAGCUAUCAUCUCCGCUGUCAACUAUAAGCCACGGCAGGGAGACAUAUUUAUCGAUACGUAUCCUAAAUGCGGCACAAAUUGGAUGCAGUUUAUUGUAUACAACAUUUUGACUCGUACAGCACCGGUCACCAACUUGGGUGCAUUCAGACUGAUGAGCCCAUUUAUCGAAAUGACAGGAGCCUCUGCUGCGGAGAACCCCUUGAGAAAUGGUCCCGUGAUGACACACUUUCCGUACAACGUUUUACGACCGGUGGAUAGAGCCAAGUAUAUCUACGUAGCCAGGAAUCCGUACGACUGUGCCGUUUCCUUCUACCACUUCAUCAAGGGGCUGACUCCUAAAACUGUCACCGAUGUUUCCUUUGAGAAGUUCCUCAACCUCUACUUGGCAGGAAAGGUACUCUACGGCGACUACUUUGACCACCUCCUGCCAUGGUACGAGCAUCGAGGAUCAAAAAAUAUCCUUUUCAUAACAUAUGAACAACUGAAGGCGGACACCAGGGAGCAAGUGCUCAAAAUCGCUGACUUUCUUGGCGAAGGCCACGGAACUUUGUUGCGUCAGGACGAUGAGCUUCUUCAGACAGUCCUCCACGCCUGCAGUCUGGAAAGCAUGAAAAGUUUACUUCCUAGCAAACCAAUGGACGUGGCAAAGAUGAUGCUUAAAGCUGCACCAGAGAAGUCAGAGACUUUUGCAAUGAUAAAGGAGAUGGUGAAUGUAAAGGAGGAAAUGCAUGAGGGCUCCGGCUUUGUUCGCAAGGGGAUCGUCGGCGAUUGGCGAAACUAUUUUACUGCAGAGCAGGUACAGCGAACGAAAGAAUGGAUCACGAAAAAGACACAGGGGAGCGACGUCAUGGCAAUUUGGGAUGACUGUGAUCUCCCAUAAGUGUUAAGGCAUCUGUGUGUACUGCGCAUAAUAUGGUACAUUUGUGUGGCGGUACGCAGAUGGUGAGGCAUAGAAUACACAUCUGACUGUAGAUGUCUUGAAUAAACGCAAAA